AGCUCGUGGCUGACUAGCCCCGGGCUUGUUUGGCGGGAAGUUUGCUUAGCGCGACUGCCUGUGGCGGCGCGGGGUGGGGGUUGUCAUCGUCGUCUUGACUCUCCUCAGAGGCUCUCAGUUCUCUGUCCAUGAACUCGGCGUAGGGCUUACGCCCUUCGCUCCGAGGACGCGAUGAUUCCCAGGAAGCGCCCAGAAACCCAGAAGACCCCCAAAGUGGUGGUGCGCCCCGGGAGCAGGAGGAGUCCCCGGGAGCCGGAGCCCGCGGCCAAGAAGCCCCGCGCGAAGGGCCCCGGUCCUAACAGGAGAUAUGACUCAGGCUGCCUUUGGGCGGGGCUGGCAAGCAUGCAGGUCCCGGAAGUGGGCAGCAGCAUCAUCAGGGUCCUGCACCAGCAUAAACUAGGCAAGGCUGCCUGGCCUACGAUACAGCAGGGUCUGCAGCGGUCCUUCGUACACUCCCUGGCUUCUUACCGGAUAGCCCAGAAAGCCUCCCCAUUUGACAGGAGGGCCACAGCCUUGGCCUGGCACCCGGCGCACCCCAGCACCCUGGCUGUGGCCUCCAAGGGGGGUGAUAUCAUGCUCUGGAACUUUGGUGUCAAGGACAAACCCACCUUCAUCAAAGGGAUCGGAGCUGGGGGCAGCAUCACUGGGCUGAAGUUCAACCUUCUCAACACCGACCAGUUCUACACCGCCUCCAUGGAAGGAACAACAACGCUGCAGGACUUUCGAGGCAACACUGUCCGGGUUUUUGCCAGAAGCGACUGCUGCAACAUCUGGUUCUGCAGCUUGGAUGUGUCUGCCAAGAGCCGAGUGGUGGUCACAGGAGACAACGUGGGCCACGUGACCCUGCUGAACACGGACGGCAAGGAGCUUUGGAAUCUCAGAAUGCACAAAAAGAAAGCAACCCACGUGGCCCUGAACCCCUGCUGUGACUGGCUGCUGGCCACAGCCUCCGUAGAUCAAACAGUGAAACUCUGGGACCUGCGCCAGGUCAAAGGGAAGGACGGCUUCCUCUACUCGCUGCCACACAGUCACCCAGUCAACGCAGCUUGCUUUAGCCCUGACGGAGCCCGGCUGCUCACCACCGACCAGCGGAACGAGAUCCGGGUUUACUCGGCUUCGCGGUGGGACCGCCCCAUGAGCCUGAUCCCACACCCACAUCGCCACUUCCAGCACCUCACCCCCAUCAAGGCAACCUGGCAUCCUCGGUACAACCUCAUUGUUGUGGGCCGGUACCCAGACCCUAAUUUCAAAAGUUGUGUUCCCUACGAGUCAAGAACGGUUGACGUGUUCGAUGGAAGCUCUGGCAAGUUGCUGUGUCAGCUCUAUGACCCAGCGUCUUCUGGAAUCAUCUCGGUGAGGCUCAGGCCCUCUCAUGAUGGAAGGAUCUGGGGUUCACCCCACUUCCUGACCUUAGUCCUUAUGCAUCCUGUCGGUACUCGCCACCCUCCUCAUGCUGAGUCUCUCGUCUCUGCAGCUCAAUGAGUUCAACCCCAUGGGGGACACGCUGGCCUCAGCCAUGGGUGAGUAGGAAGCAGCAGUGUGCCUUGGACUGGCCGAGCCCAACCCUGCUCCCCAAGGUUCAGCACACGGUGCUGACGUGUGCACCCCAGGGCAACAGCCACACAAGAUGGGGACACAGCAGUCUCUGGCCUAGGCCCUCAUCAUCUUGCUUUGGCUUGGUGGCGGCAACGCCCGGCUGCUGUGCUGCUAGGAUUUCCUUACCAAGCGCUGGGCUCCCCAGGCCAGCCCCAAGCCACAGAGCCUGGCAACGGGAGGACAAGUCAGACUGUUCCUCCUCCCCCCAGGUUACCAUGUUCUCGUCUGGAGCCAGGAGAAAGUUGGGCCAGAGAGAGAGAGCGAGAGCCAGUGAAGGAGGUGUGGGCCAGGCGACGCCUG